CGUGCUCUCGCUGUUUCCGACCCGUUUUCCUUAUAUUUACGGCAUGUAAAUUAAAAAGAAGUCUGUAAGUGGUGUCUGUUGCCUACGACAGAACAUGUCCAGUGUCCACAUGAACAAACAUUUCACCUGGUCAAUGCUGCGUCAAUGGAAGCGUAAUGAUUUUUUGAAAAGUUGUCGAUUAAUCUACAGCAAAACAGGGAAAUGGGAUGCCAAAGAAUUUUCACCAGAGGUGAGAUCUGAAGUUGAAAAACAUUGGAUACCACUGCUGCAGACAAGGAACAGUGAAAGAUGCCUCAACAAACCUCAGGCUUCUCAGGAAAAGUUCUAUGUGUUAUCCAUGUUUCCCUACCCCAGUGGCAAGCUUCACAUGGGACACGUCAGGGUGUACAGCAUCAGUGAUGUCAUAGCCCGCUUUCAUCGCUUAAAUGGCAAAGAUGUUGUCCAUCCAAUGGGCUGGGAUGCAUUUGGUCUGCCAGCUGAAAAUGCAGCCAUUGAGCAUGGGGAAUUGCCUGAGGUUUGGACAAGAAGAAAUAUUGCUGCCAUGAGAAAACAGCUGGAUGACAUGUGCUUUAGCUUUGAUUGGAACACAGAAUAUGCCACAUGCGAUCCUGAAUACUACAAGUGGACACAAUUUAUAUUCCUUAAAAUGUUUGAAAAGGGUCUGGUAGAACAGAGGGAGGAGAUUGUUAACUGGGACCCUGUAGAUGAGACAGUCUUGGCCAAUGAACAGAUUGAUGAAAAAGGUCGUUCCUGGAGGUCAGGGGCCAAAGUUCAAAAGAUAUACCUCAGACAGUGGUUCAUCAAAACUACAGCAUAUGCAAAGUCCCUGUUAGAUGGUUUGUCAGAAGUUGACGAUAAUUUAUGGAAGGAUGUCAAAAAGUUACAGAAACGGUGGAUAGGGACGUGUACUGGGACCAGGAUUGACUUCAGACUAAGGCACGAUGGCGUCGAGUGGGAGGACCCCCUUGCAGUAUUUACAACUACUCCAGAGGCUUUAUAUGGAGUGUCUCAUGUAGCUUUACCCACCAAACACAGACUGAAUGUGAAGAAAUACUAUAAGUUUCCACAUGACAAAGAUGAAACAAAAGAGAUUUUGCUGUCAGUGGAGGCUAUGCACCCUUUCACUGGAAAGUCAGUCCCUAUUAUUGUGUCACCAGGAGUUCCAAACUUACCAUACACACCUGACAAUGAGCACCUAGCCAUUCCUUGUAUAAGUGAAGAAGAUAAAUUCAUAGCUGAUAAAAUGGGAUUUACAUACACUAAUGUAAUGGAUGAUGAUGUAAUAGUUCACUCAGGACAGUUUUCAGGACUGGGUAGAGUUGAGACCCGUGCAAGUAUACUGCAGUUUGCAAAAGAGAAGAAAAUUGGAGGCUAUUUGAUGAGUUUGGACUCAAAAGACUGGUUGAUUUCCAGACAGCGUUACUGGGGCACACCAAUUCCCAUCAUCCACUGCUCCAAGUGUAAGGCAGUACCUGUUCCAUUGGGAGAUCUGCCAGUGAAGCUUCCUCCCAUUACAGAGUUCACUGGGAAAUCAUCACCACUGAAACAAGCUACUGAUUGGCUCAAAGUGCCUUGUCCAAAAUGUGGCUGUCCUGCUGAGAGAGAGACGGACACUUUGGAUACCUUUGUGGACUCUUCCUGGUAUUUUCUGCGAUAUUUGGAUGCCCACAAUACAGAGGCCCCUUACUCGCCUGACAAGGCUAAUAAAUACAUGCCGGUCGAUUUGUAUAUUGGCGGGAAAGAACAUGCAAUCCUCCACCUGUAUUUUGCAAGAUUUUUUAACCAUUUCUUAUGUGACUAUGGAGAACUAAAGCACAGAGAACCUUUCAUCAAUCUCUUAACACAAGGCAUGGUCAUGGGUCAGUCCUUCAACAUUAAAUCAAGUGGAAAAUACUUAAGGAAAGAACAAGUAGACUUCAUGGGUGAGAAACCUGUGGUAAAAGGCACUGGUGAGGAAGUUGUUGUACAGUGGGAGAAGAUGAGCAAGUCUAAGUACAAUGGGGUGGAUCCACAGGAUGUAAUUGAUCAGUAUGGUGUGGAUGCCACAAGGUUGGCUAUAUUGGGCACCGUGCCACCCAGGGCAAACAGAGAGUGGUCAAAUCAAGCUUUUGUCAACAUUACUCGCUGGCAGAGUCGAGUCUGGAACACAAUUACGAAGUACAUAGAGCUUUCUACUGACCCAGUUUCUUCAGAGAUGGAUCCAAGCAAAUUGACCAAAAUUGAUGAUACUCUAUUUCAGCAUAGAAAUCAUUUGAUUAACGAGGUGACCAUAUCUUUGGAGACUCUUUUUAACACCAGCAUAGUGACAACUCUGCUCUUUGACUUUGUGAAGAAAUUAAAGGCUGUGCCAGAUGAAGCUAAGCUUGUAAGCAGAGAGUACGAGAGAUGUUUGGCUGACAUGAUAAUCAUCAUUGCUCCAUUUGCCCCAAGCUUUGGAGAAGAACUUUGGGCAGGGCUCAGCAGUGUGGCCAGAACCACAGAAUAUUUUUGGAACAAAGGUGUGUUUGACCAAAAAUGGCCAUCAGUUGAUCCCAAUAUGCUGAUUAGAGUAAAAUUGACAGAGAAUAGAGGAAGACAUGUCGGCCAGAUCACAAUAAAACUGAAGGAGUAUGGACUUCUUAAUGAGAAAGAAAUUCUGAAAUUGUGCACACAGGACAAGAAAUUUGUUCGUACUGUUGGGAACUCCUAUGCUGGAUUUCAAUGGAGCAGGAAUGAGUUCUUACAAGCAGUGCUAGACUUUACUGUGACAAAACACACUUCACAGAAAGGCAAGAUAGGGGAGAGAAGUGAGGAAAAAACCAGCUGAUAAACUCUGAUUUCAAGAUGUUGUCUGAUUUUUCCAGUAUGUUGAUGCUGAAUAAGAGUAAUUAUAAGAAUUGAAAAGUU